AUGGCCAUGAAUGUUGACCUUGAGGAGAAGGUCCUGGACAGCCGGCCUGUGUUCAGCCUCCUGCUGUACCUGUCGGAGGAUGACCAGCUGGACAGCACGGACUACGAGCUGCCCUACAACAGUGAUCAGCAGCUGUUCCUGCUGAACCAUGACUCUGUGUACCAGUCACAGCUGAUGGACUUCAGCACUGAAGAGAACUCUCUUAUAAUCCCCCGGGGUGUGAGCCCGAGGUUCUGUGGUUCUGCUUACGUCAUCGCUGUGGUGGAUGUGGAGAACAGCAUCCCUGAACUGGUGGAAGACAACAACGUCAGGGCUGCACCCAUCACCCUGGUCUGCAGCGGGGACCUGUUUGCUGUUUCGGAGUUGGAGAUGUUGCCGAUGUCCACCCUGUUCCAGAACAUCCCCACACCAGUGGUCAUCACCAACCUUCAGGUGUAUAAUGUCCAUGGACUGGACAUCAGGGGCGCCUCCAGAACUCAACACUUUGACAUACAGCUGUAUGCCCACACGUCAGACGACCCGUUCCAGGGUUACCCCGUCCCAGUGGAGACCAGUCGACCCUGGGAGUUCACAGCCGGGGCCUCCAGUCUGAGCAGGACCUGGAGAGAUGCUGUCCAACUGUCCUUCUCAGCAACCAGCACCAUAGUCAUUACCCCUGAGCUGUGCCAGACUUCAGCAGCAAACAGACUUAUCGCCAUGGUGGUCACAGGAGACAACCCCUAUCUGAGAGGGAAACACGACCGAAUCCCUGGCAACAACUACAGGGUGUUUGAUCUCAAGAUGAACUGCAGUGAAGAACAAGUUGACCUGCUUGUGACAGACAAGCCCAGGAACUUCAUCCUCCACUAUGACAACAGUUUUGAGGCCGGAACCCUGCCAUUGGACAAGGACCAGGCCUUUACUGUACAUGUAACAGUCAAUGCCAGUGAUGGUAUAGCAGUUUCUCCUGAUGACCUGAGACUGUACAUGUACACAGACACACAGCCUCGUGUGGUGGUGCCGUAUUCCAACCUCCUUGUAACACCCAUGGCCACUCCAGGGACGUACAUGAUAGAGGGAAUGUUUCGAGCAACCCUGAAGGAUCACAUUAGCAUGUGUCUGGGCAGGGUCAAGACCCUUGAGGUCAUGCUGGAUCCUGAUGACAUCAUCAAGGAGACAGUGGAGAUAAACAACAUGGCCACCAUCUCUGACCUUCAGGUCACAGGUUGUGGAGAACACAUGGAUAUGAUGAUUACAAAGUUCAACAUUGGAGGCGACAACAGUAUACUGCAUGCUGAUGUCUUCAACCGGUAUGUCCUGGAUGUGGACAUGAUCGCAACUCCAGCUUUCCCCACCUUACAUGGCAGAUUCACUCAGGAGUUCUACAUGUCUAAGGAUGCAGUCAUCAGUCAUGACGACUAUCUGAUAGAGAGGAAGGCGUUCUCCGUCAAAAACAUCAAGUUUGGAAAGAGAAAGUCUGUCUCCAUGGGAGAGGCAGACUUCAUGGUGGAGCUGAACAAGGAGACCAUCCCGUACUGCUGGACAACACCCUACAUCUUCACUAACUACACCUUCCUGGAACCACUGGUGGACUCUGGUUUGGAGAACAACGUGAAGUACACAAAAGUCAGCUUCCACUGCGGAGAUCCACAGAUCAACGAGUGUCGGCACAAGAUGGACACCUGUGAUGAAACCCGGUCUGUCUGUGUGGACAGGAAGUACAAGUUCAGCUGCAACUGCACACAGGGGUACCAACAGAACAUGGAGACAGGAUUGUGUGAUGAUGUGGAUGAGUGUGAAGACUGGAGGCACUUCUCCCAGUGUAAUGAGACCCUGGAGCACACCUGUGUGAACACUCCCGGCUCGUACUACUGUGGCUGUGCUGUGGGGUACAUGGAGAGUGAGGGAGGCUGUGUCGACAUAGAUGAGUGUACAGCAGACAGCCAUGACUGUCAUGAGCAUGCUGACUGUAUCAACACUGCCGGGAGCUUCUACUGCACCUGCAAGGCCGGCUUUGUUGGGGACGGACUCACCUGUGACGACCCCAUCAGCUGCGCCAACCUCACCUGUCUGAACCAUGGGGAGUGUGAGGAGCUGACACCUGGGGCCAGGUGCAGCUGUCCGGGGUACUUUGGUGGAGACAGCUGUGAGAAAGUAAAUGGUGGCUGGAGCUUCUGGAGUGAGUGGAGCAGCUGUUCAGCUGAGUGCGGGCCCGGACAGCGUUUCCGCACGCGCGUGUGUGACCGCCCCAGCCCUGAGCAGGGAGGAGAAUACUGCCACGGCAUCGCAAACCACACCAUGACCUGCAAACUGAAGGACUGCAACCGGCAGUAUGAGGACUUCUGUUCCCCUGUGUCGAACCGUUGUGACCAGCGGAGCGGUGCGGGGGUGUGUAGUCGGGAGGGCGCACUGUAUCGCUGCUCCUGUAACCCCGGGUACCAGGAGGUCAGGGACAGGGACCGCAAGUUCCUCAGAUGUGACGAUGUGGAUGAGUGUUCCACCAUGCUGCAGCCCUGUCCAUCAGGCACCACAUGUGUCAACACCUGGGGCAGCUACAUCUGCAGGUGUGAUGCAGGCUACACCUUAGACACAACGUCCAACGUGUGUGUGGAUGUGGAUGAAUGUCAGACCCCCCAUGACUGUGAUGAGCAUGCGGACUGUGUGAACCUGGCUGGGUCCUACAGCUGCCAGUGUCAUGUGUGGUACUGGGACCUGGGACAGGGCAAGGCUGGAGACUGCCAGGAAAUGAGGCUGUUCCCAUACGGGAGCGUUGCAGGGGACGUCCAGGUGACAGCUGCUACUGGGUGGGAAUCAGAGCUGGUCUCCCCCGUCAUCAACAUCAACAAUGGACUGCCCCUGUUUGGAGGGAAAGUGUUCGACCAUGUUUAUGUGACAGAGAAUGGAGUGCUUGUCAUCACGACCUUGUCACCGGAGCUGGACCACAACCACAAGCAGACGUUCCGCCAGCCCCAGCCGCUCCAGACGUUUGACCCACAGGACGAGGCAGUGGCCGUCCUGGCUGCCUUCUGGGCUGACGUCAGGUCUAAGGACCUACCUGCCAGGCCCUUCCCUGAAGUGUGGUACCAUGCGUACAAUGACUCCGUUGCUGCUGAGAACAUUUUCCUCAUGGCCGAAGCAGCAGUGAAGGAGAACUCUGGAGCAGACUUCACCCCCAAGUAUGUCCUAGUGGUGACCUGGGACAACAUGGUGCCUUACUGGACAUCUAAUGGAGACCAGAGGAAUACGUUCCAAGCCGUGCUGAUGACCAGUGGUGUCCACUCCUAUGUGAUGUACCUGUACAAGGACGGAGGCAUGACAUGGCAUCCCGCAUUCUCCUCUCAGAAUCUGUGGGACAUGGGCGGCUUCCCUGCACAGAUGGGUUACGCCAUCCGUGAUGACAUGUGCUCCGCAGAACACCGCGACCUCUGCAAAGGACAAGACCACAACUCCGGCCGCUUCUCCAUCGUAAGCUCCGACCCGAACGUGUAUCGUGUCGACCAGAAACACGGAUCAGAGAGGGACAGGGUGCUUGGGAAGAAGGGCCGUUUCCUGUUCAGACUGGAUGACAAUGCAGACGGGUUUGAGAGCAACAGAGACAAGUGUGCAUCCUGGUAUCAUAAACAACCAGCCCCGAGUACCUAUGCCUCAGACAUUGUUGCGAGCUGCCCUCCCACAAAGCGCCAGGCCGCUGCUGACCAUCACGUGUGGACAGUGACUACUCACUGGAUGAGAACAAACGACUGGAUAUCUGUGUCUGGACAGCGCGGUCCAUGGAGAGACUGCUACACCAGACACUUUGAGAACAUGCAUGGUGCCAACAUUGAGUGCUGCUACGACCAGUCAGAGGCCCUGAUUACUGAACCUCAUCUGUGGAAGACUGCCGGCUUCUUCCACCGAUAUCCCAAGGACAGAGAUGACUACAUAGAGAAGGAUCUGAAGCCUCUGUACUGGUGUUGUGAGAUGUCUCCAAAGCAGUACUGUGACAUGUACAUGGAGAAACGACCCUUAGCUUCAUACAGGAAAUAUGUUCCCACAGCUACAGGAAAUCUGUUUGGUGACCCUCACUUGCGCACCCUGGAUGGGAAGGGCUACACGUUCGGGGGUUAUGGAGAGUACGUGGUGCUUCUGACGACGCCUGAUGCGCCUGAACAGUUCCUCUUGGAAAUCCGCACUCAGCUCACCGAGAACAAGAAAUCUACUAACAUCAUAGCCCUGGCUGCCCGUCAAGGUAACGAGUCUAACCCAGCAGUGGAGACUCACCUGCAGUACAGGAACAGCCCGCUAGGGGUGACGUGUUUGAUUGACGGGGAGGAGGUCAUUCCCAGGGACAUCGCCAGGGGCCGGAAACGGGCUUUCUUCGGUGGCUUCCUGACACUUUCUGGUACCCAGUAUGUGUAUGUCUUCUCCUCUGGGGUCUACAUCGCUGCAGAAGAAGCCAACAACAUGCUACACAUAUCUGUUGGCCUGCCUUCAACCAUGAAGGGCAAGGUUGAGGGUCUCCUUGGUAACUAUGAUGGUGACUGGAACAAUGACUUUAAGCUGUCAUCAGGUUACUACCUCACAACAUCCUCCUGGACCAGUCGUCUGGUGGAACUGGGAGACAGGGACCCCACCUGGGCUCAGACUCUCUACGAGUUCGGCCAGUCUUGGUCCCUGGAGUUGGUGGGCAGGAAGUAUGACUUUAACCUGUACGACCUGUCCCUGUUCUCAUCUUACCCCUCCCCCGAGGGUUCAGAACUCACCUACACCGCUGCCACGUACGGGGAUCCAACCUACCAGCCGGUCUUCAGAACUCAUUUUGAGUCAGCUCAAGAGGAGGCAGCAGCACUUGAAGCCUGCACAGACAUGAGUGGCAGAGUGGAUGAGUUCUGUAUGUACGACGUGUCAGUCACUGGCAACACAGAGAUCGGCAUGAAAACCAUGCAGACACUGCAGCAAAUCCUGGAGCAGGAGGCCUUCCUUGGUAAUCUGGUGCCGUCCUUCAUCGUACCUGAUGUUAUGGAGGUCACCGUGGGGUCAGACUACACCUUCCUACUGGUGGCUACUGAGAGGAAUGUGUCUGAGUCUGUGACCCUCCACCUUCAGGGUCCAGGCACCCUGAACAACAACUCUCUCUACCACCCUGAUACCAACACGUACCUGACAACCUACAGCUGGACUCCUAAUGACACCAGCGAGGUCACAGUUCAGUUCCAAGCAACUGACAGCCAGGGUUUCAUCACUGCUUACACCCCAUUGGUCAAGCUGUGUCGGUGCGAGAAUGGCGGCACGUGCAACUUCGAGGGCAGCGUCCAAACAGACGGGACAUUUGUCCGGUCUAUCUGUCACUGUACUGACCAGUACAAGGGUGACUACUGUGAGGAAGAGGAGGACCCAUGCUCCUACCACCCCUGCUUCCCAGGUUAG